UCCGCUCCGCGCCCGGCCCAUUGUCCCCGCGGGCGGCGAGGGGCGGCCGGCGACGAUGCUCAGGGCAGGGCGCUGUGCCCCUGCUUAGCCCACGCAGCGCUGCUGCGGGAGGAGGUGGCCCAGCUGCAGGAGGAGGUCCACCUGCUCCGGCAAAUGAAGGAAAUGCUGACCAAGGACCUGGAGGAGACGCAUGGCAGCAAGUCCCCGGAGGUGCUCUCGGCCACCGAGCUGAAGGUGCAGCUGGCGCAGAAGGAGCAGGAGCUGGCACGUGCCAAGGAGGCUCUGCAGGCCAUGAAAGCCGACCGCAAGCGCUUGAAGGGGGAGAAGACAGACCUGGUGAGCCAGAUGCAGCAGCUGUACGCCACGCUGGAGAGCCGGGAGGAGCAGCUCCGGGACUUCAUCCGCAACUACGAGCAGCACAGGAAAGAGAGCGAGGACGCAGUGAAAGCCCUGGCGAAGGAGAAGGACCUCCUGGAGCGGGAGAAGUGGGAGCUGCGGCGACAAGCCAAGGAGGCGACGGACCACGCCAGCGCCCUCCGCUCCCAGCUCGACCUGAAAGACAACCGCAUGAAGGAGCUGGAGGCCGAGCUGGCCAUGGCCAAGCAAUCCCUGGCCACGCUGACCAAGGACGUCCCCAAGCGCCAUUCCUUGGCCAUGCCGGGCGAGACGGUGCUGAACGGGAACCAGGAGUGGGUGAUGCAGGCUGACCUCCCGCUGACCGCCGCCAUCCGGCAGAGCCAGCAGACCCUCUACCACUCACACCCCCAGCACUCAGCGGACCGGCAAGCGGUCAGAGUGAGCCCCUGCCAUUCCCGGCAGCCGUCCAUCAUCUCCGACGCCUCUGCGGCCGAGGGCGACCGGUCGUCCACGCCGAGCGACAUCAACUCCCCCCGGCAUCGAACGCACUCGCUCUGCAACGGGGACAGUCCUGGACCGGUACAGAAGAACUUGCACAACCCAAUCGUACAGUCUCUAGAGGACCUGGAAGACCAAAAACGGAAAAAGAAGAAAGAGAAGAUGGGCUUUGGCUCCAUCUCCAGGGUGUUUGCCCGGGGGAAGCAGCGCAAGUCCCUCGACCCGGGGCUCUUCGACGGGACGGCCCCCGACUACUACAUCGAGGAGGACGCGGACUGGUGACCCCCCCGUGCCAGGCGGGUGCCACUGUACAUAUCCCCCACCUGUGGACGUGUUACCUGUUGUCUUGGGAGCGAUGCAGCUGUGUCGUAACUUCAGUUUUUCCCCCCCCCCUUUUUUUUUUUUUCCGUGUUUUCUCAUUUUUUUUCCCAUCCCGGUGACUCCUUUUGUUGUCGCUUCAGUUUGUCAGUUUUGUUUUGGGUUUGGUGGGGUUUUUUUUUUGUCUUUUUUUUUUUUUUGUUGUCGUCGUUGUUCUUUUCUCUUUCUUCUUUUGACAAAACUUGAAACUUGAAGGACUGCUGUGUCUCUGUAAAUACCAGAAAUAUUGUGCACUUUGUGCUUGUGACGUCUCUUGUCCGAAACCCGCUGUUUUCCGGAGCCCAGCCCGCGGGAUGUCCUCGCCUGGGGACCAAGGACCUGCCCAGCUGAGGGACCUUAGAGGGAAAACACACAAAACCAACAACAACAACAACAACAAAAGAUCUCCUUCGCUGUGAUGUCUUCCUGGCCGAGCACCCGGGCUGGUUGUAACGCCUGCCGGUCUGGAAAUAAGUGUUUUAACGUUCCUUUUUAGUUGUUUUAAUUUAUUUGCACAAACCCAGAGGAGCUAUUCUAACUAAAUUAUUGCAGAAGUUU